AUGACCGCGACCGUUCCUUACACAACAGAACACGUUCCAGAGGGCGCACGACAACCAAUCGAAGGUGUUGGAGGAUGGCGUCCGACUUCCAAUGUAAAAGCGCAGUCGCGGCGAGAAUCUGUGACGCCAUACCAGAACCUACUUGCACAAGAAGAUCUCCUAAGGAUCCAAGGAAAGUCUUCUAGAGACACACUAAUAGUCGAGGACCCGUUAGCUACUGCUCCACCAGCACAUGAGACACAUGGCGAGGAAAUUGAUGUUGAGGCUGAAGAGUUUGUUGAGAGUACAUUUGCCUCAAUGGGGGAUGACAAGGAGGCUCACGAGGAGGAUGACGAGGAGGAGCACGAUUCCACCCCCGACCCAUCAUCGCAAGCUGCAUAUAAACAAGCUGAUGGAACAAAGAUUGAUAACAGAAGAGUGAUUGUCGAUCUUGAACGAGGGAGAACAGUUCCAAACUGGAAACCUCGUCGACUUGGUGGGGGUCUAGGAACAACCAGGAUUGGAGGUGAAGAUGUAAAUCAAAAACAAUUGGGAGGUUCUGGAUGGAAUACAUUUUAUCCUGUUUCUCGAUUUUUUACUGAUUUGCCUGUUUCUCACAAUAUCAAAGAGCAACAACUACAAUCUGGAGGGCCACCAAGGGCACGCGAUGAUCGUCAUGCAUACCGGGAAAAAUCCCGUGAAAAGGGAAGAGAUAGAGAGGGUGAUAGGGAGAAAUCUCGUGAGCGAUCUUCUGAGAAGCCAAAGGAUCGUGAUGAAUUGGAGGAUGAAGUGGAGGGAUUGUAUGAACAUGAAUGUCGUCGACGACACCAUAUGCACUACGAAGAAGACUAUGAAAAAUCAGACAAUCAUAAUAAUGAGUGUGGUGGUGCGCGAUAUGAACAACUAGAACAAAUUGACGAGGACUUAGCCGGUUCCCGUCUUUAUAACGAUAAGCUAGAGAAAGAAAAUCAUAAUGUGGAAAUAGAUUUAGGCAUGGUCGAGGCCAAGGAGGAGGAAAAGGGUGUUGCCGGUGGUAAUAAAACGACGUCGUCGGUUAGGAAAGAAGGCGGCGGCGGUGGGUCGAGCUCUCAGGUAGAGAGAGAGACGUUGACUGUGGAUAUAAAUGAAAGUGCUGAGUCUUUCAUUAAGAAGUUCAAGACUCAGCUUUUGAUUCAACGUCUGGAAUCCAUUGAAAAUUAUGAGCAGAUGAUGAUGAUCAAUCAUUCUAAAGGGUUUUAA